GGGGCUCCGCCUCCUGUGAUGGGAAAGUACGCGAAGCACAGUACAAACUAUGGUUUUGUUGUUGUAAGACCAAGAUUAUCGAUUGAGAUAUACUUUUGCGUUGUUGCCUUGGAUAGAAUAGCCUGCUAAUGUCAACGUUAGCAACUAGCCUGUACAUGUAAAUGCUGUGCACUAGAAUGGACCUGUUGAACUCUCAGUUCCUGGACAAGAUGAACAAUAACAUUGGGAGACUACACUACGACGAUGAGUCCAGGAUUCCCUCCCUGUCUACUGCUGUGUCAACCAUAACUGGGCCUUCCCCACACUGCCCAAACAAACGGAAGUAUGGGGACGAACAAAUGGAAAACAGACUCAACUGUGAUGAUGACCACAUGACCAAAAUGAGCAGAAUGUUUGCUUCUCACCUCGCUCGUCCGUCUGCUGGAGACAACCGCAAUGAGCACUGGAGCCUGAGCCACAGUCCUGUGGAGCGGCCUAACCCAUAUGCAACCAUUUCUGGCUACGCUAUAGACCAGCCGCUGGCUCUGACCAAAGACCACAGUGACACUGAAGUGUCGCGGCCUGUCAUGAGUGGGGCCACAGAAAGGCAGCAGAAUCGACCCUCGGUUAUCACGUGUGCUCCAGCAAGUAAUCGGAACUGUAACCUCUCACACUGCCACAUGAAUGGCUGCACUCCUCCCCCGCCUGACAAUCAGAGAAAGACCAAUGCUAAGACCGUAUGCGAUCCUGUCAUUGAGGAACACUUCCGCCGCAGUCUUGGGGAAAACUACAAAGAAGCCGAGGCUGUGUCCAAUUCAGUUUCUAUCACGGGUUCUGUUGAUGAUCACUUUGCGAAGGCGCUGGGAGAUACCUGGCUUCAGAUACAGGCCAGAGGUAGCAGCCACCAGACUCCAGAGGACGACCCAUAAGAUAGUGGGGGGAAGGAUUGAAAGGGAUUAUUUUCACUUCUUGCCAAGAAUCAACUUCUCUUAGCCAAGAACAGUGUAAGACGUGUGGUGCUCACAUAGGUGAUUCCUCUUUGGACCUCAAGGUCAAUCUCGUAGAACACUCGGCUCAGUUUUGCCACUUAAAAUUGGUAAUUUUCACCCACAAAGAAGGAAUUAAAUUUUGAGUCAUUUGAUAGUUGUGGGAAAAUUAUUAAUCACACUGUAAGUUUCUGAAUAUAGAUUCCCAAAGUUGUCAGUUGUCGGCAUGACAAUAGGUUUUUCACCUGCCUGUCAUCUGAUUUGAUAGCCAAAGACCUUUCCAGCCUUUCUCCACCAGCCUGUAAGCCAUAUUAUCUGUUCUUUCAUUGCCACUCUAAGAUCACACUGCUUUUCAAUCAAUAUUACUUGAACAUGACAGCUAUGUCUCUUUUGCACUAUUAUGUUCUUAACCUCUGGUGUCACAGGUUACCUGUUGGAAGUAAUGUGCAACAAUGCGUUUUGAGAUUUAUAUGAGAAGAUUACUGCCUUGGCCUUGUUGCUUUCAGAAAACACUAGGUCAAACUGUCAUUUUUAUUAUGUUGAACUGGACUUAUCCACUGUUUAAUAACCUUAAUUUGCUUACGCAUUCACUAAAUCUGAUUACAUAUUUCCACUAACAUCAAUUAUAGUUGAACUUUAAUUAGAAAGCAUGAUUCAAAUAGCUGGUUUCUAUUACAAACUUUAUCCUUAUUCUAUGUAUUUAGCCAGAUUUUAUUUUUAUCUGUGAUAUUUUAGAAAUAGUCACUGCUGGUACAGUUGUACUCUUUGUAUUUUUUUUGUAUCUGGUUUUUAUGACUCUACUUAGGUGCAUAGCUUAGCAUCCAUCAACAAAUCGCAGCCUCUGGCAAGGUUGUCUUCAGUUUUACCAGCUGCAUUAUUGUUACUCUGCGGAGCUGGAUGUUGUAGCUUAACACAUGACUGAAUACGGCUAAAUCUCCUCCUCUGUAUUAUAGUUGAUAAGCAGUGACUUUAUUUAUUCUCAACAUGUUGGUUUUUAUUGUGAAACUUUUGCUUUGGAGAGGAUUCCUAAACUACUUCAUUAACAAAUAAGUUGAUUUUCGGUUUGUUAUUAAUACAAGACAGAAGUAGCCUUAGUUUUUAAGUUGCAUUGAACAUUAAACCAAUGCUGCUGUUCUUUAGUAGUCACACCAGUUGCUUAGCUGGUAAUGUCACAAUAUUACCAGUUUGUGUUUUUUGUUUUCCCCUAAAUCUAAGUAGCGUUCUAUUGUUGCCAAAUUUCUUAUUUCAUAAAGUAGGGCUUAAUAGACUGCCAUAGUUGAUGUUUAAUUGCUAGAUUCGAAAACGUAUUGACUUUGAAAGGUCUUCCUACCUUCUCAUAUUUGGUUUUAUUAAAAUCAGAAAUUUUAAUGUCUUACAGUUUUAAUUCAACUCUUCAUGUCGUGUUGAAGGACAACCACAAACAAAAAUGUUUAAAUGGGAUUUUACAUGACAGGUGAACACGAUGUUUGACACAAUUGUGAUGUAGAGGAAGGAUGAUGCAAAAUGUUAAACAUUUUUUACAAAUAUGCCUUGUGCCUUCCUGAUACUUUAUAAAAGGUCUGGACUGGAUCAUUGUAACAAUUGUACUUUGAUCUAAAUGUUUCCAUUACAUCAAUGUUUGUGGUUCUAAUGUGACAAAUUUGGGGGAUUAUGAUACUUUUUUUUAUGACACCACAUGUGAUAGUGUGACAUUUUUGAUAACAUUAUUUGAUUUUCUAAGGUUCUUUUUCUAUUAUUAACAGUUAACACCCAUGUUUUUAUUAAUAUUGAUUUUUUUUUAUAAACUAUAUAAUCUUUUCUAUUUUAUUUUACACAUACAGGACCAUCAUUGCGCGGUGCGGAAUGAUCAGUGUUUGGUUUCCUUUCAGUGUCAUCUACUUACGCUGAAGUAGAUGACGCUUCUACUGUGUAGAAUGACACAAUGCAGAUUGUCUUCUUAAAUUUUCCAUUAAUAAGUGCAGAAACAGUUUUCUGACAUUGAGGCUUCCUUUGUGUAGACUUCUGUAACAGGUUGGAGUUUAAGCUUUCUGUAUGUAUUUGUAGAAGUGAGUGAUUUAUGGGAUCUGCUUGUUUGACACAAGUAAAAGUUUCACUAAUGUAUUUGCCUGUUUUAGGCCUAUAUUUAAUUUUUUUUAGUGUACCUGCAUCUUUAAGACUGUAUAAAGUUCUGGUUUUAGGAGUCAUCCUGGUAGGAAAAUAUAAAGGGUUUUUCAUCUUUAUUUCUCUGGAAGAAAACACUUUUUGUACUUAAAUAUUUUCAAAAUAAACUUAUAAUAGCUA